AUGGGUAAUGGGAAUAAUGCGGCCAUGAAUAGCAAACAGUCUAUAUCACAGGUGGAAAAAAACGUGAAGUCAGAAGCAAAAGCAUACACACUACAGAAGGGUGGCACUAAAAGUACAUCAACUACUUUGACAAGAUCCUCAGUGAAGGAAGACGCUGAGGGUGGUGUUAAGCCAUAUCAUAGAGGAGACAGGGUAUUGGCAAAAGUAUCUGGAUAUCCAUGGUGGCCUGCCCAAAUCGUUCGUUAUAAGCUCAUGAAUCGGGACGGUAUAACCAUUGAAAAAUCUCCAGAGCAUUUCUAUAAGGUCCAGUUUUUUCCAAAUUUAGACUUCUCUUGGGUAAAACAAACUGGUUUAAAGCCUUUAGCAAACGAGGAUAUCAGUAAUUUUUUAAAUUCCAUAAAAAGAAAAUCAAAAAUAUUAAGAGAGGCUUAUGAAGCAGCGCGCGAGCCACCUGACAUUGAAGGUGAGGAUUCCACUGAAGAGGAAGAACAAAACGAAAAUGACUACUUAGCAAGUGAUACCUAUGUAUUAGAUAAACGUAAAAGGAAAAGCUUUGAGGGUUCUCCUACGGAAAACAGUACGGAUUCUUCCAGUCUAUUAAGUACAAUGUCGUCAAUCUCUUCAAUAUCAGAAAUGUAUGGAAAUUUAUCAACUUCCAAUUUUGACUCUGCGGAUUCGAAACUGAAUAGAAAUGUUAAAAAGACAGACUACAAAAAUAAUCUUUCUAGUUCGGAUCUCAAAGACAGGAGGCUAUUGUCGCCUUCGAAUUCUGCGACUAGCGAAAUGAAAACAUUAGUUCAGCGCCUACUUUACUUUCGGUUUAAAUUGCAAAAACUCUUCCUCUCAUCAAAUAUUAACUUUGGAGAAGAAGAAUUGUACCGCGCGAAAGAAUACUUAGAGGAGGUUGAGGGUUUUCCAUAUCUAAACUACGAAAUGAUCACUACGACGAAAAUAGCCAAAGUCUUGAAACGUAUAGCAUUACUCGAUAAUUUACCUAAGGAUGAACUAUACUCUAUUCGAGGACAGUGCAAAGACAUUCUCUAUAAUUGGAAACACAAUCUAUCAAGCUCGAUGGAAAGCAAAUAG